AUGGAAGUUCAAACGAUCGAAAAGAAACCCAAUACCGGAAAACAAACGGUGACGGCGACCGAAGAGACGUCAUCGGUGGCUGAGCGUACCAAAGAGGUAAUUAUAAUUAAUAUUAUCAGCACGAAUUUUUGUGAAUCGGAGUAUUCUAGUACGUUAUGUAGGUAUAUUUCAUUGUAUUUCUAAUAGUCGAACGAUAAUUUGAAAUAGGUACGUGCACACGGUUUGAAAUCGCAAGGAUGAAAUAUAGGAGUCGUAGAGUUUUAAUAGUUUUAGUAAUAGUUUUUUUUUUAAUCUCAAAUACUUUAAGUAUAAUUAUACGUAAUAAAAAAUCAAACAACUGUAAUAAACAAGUAAACACUGAAAACGAACCGUAAUUAUAAACGUCUAUACAUAUAUGAAUACCCGUUAUUUAGUAGGCAAGAAUGCAAGAUAAUUAUAUUGCUACAAUAAAAUGUGAUAAGUUUUUAGAUUUCGAGUGUCUAAAAGAACUCACUUAGUUUCAUUAAAAUAUGUACAGUUUUCUUUUUUUCGGAAAAUGUCUUUUUCGGUUAGUAAAAAUGAUCCGAAUAUUUUCAUCAAAAGAUGCAGAUUUGUCACCUGAUAGUAUUUUAUUUGAAAAAUAUUUCAAAAUUCCUAAUACUUUUUUCAUGAAAUAGAUUUUUUAAUCUAUUUCUUGUCUGGUUUGGCAAAUACUCCGAUUAUUUUUAUAGGGUACUUCAAAAGAUGCGGAAUAUUUGCUCGGCAGUAGUUUAUUUGAACAAUUUAUCGAUAUUUUUAGUAGUUUACACCAUAAUUUUUUUUUUUUUUUUUUAUUAUUGUUGAUUCUGCAGCUGCCUUUCACAGUAAGGGACAAUACUACUAAUAUAUACUACUCCGUUCAGAAUCGUUUUUCGUUUGAAAUCAUUUAUCGUUGCAAAUAUACAGUACAACUGCAAUCAACUGAAUUAUCCUACCAUAUUCCAAUUACCCGCAUACAAUAUUGAGCAGUGUCAAUUUUUAUCGAAUUUUGAGAGUUAAUUUUUAUUUACGUUUUGUUCCUGUGUUACGCGAAAUACCGAUUGAAUACACAUCGUACGUCGACGUAAAUAUAUCUGCUUUCACUUUACUCCUAAAAUAGGAGGCGCGUAGAUUUAUUGUACAAUAAAAACUAAUUACUUGGAAAAAAAUACCCAUAAAAAUCGAAAAUUGUUUCAAACAAAUAACGAUUUAUUUACGUACAUUUAAAUAUUAUAUUACUAUUCAAAGUGCUCGUUAAUAUCAUAUUGUUUAUUUAAGACAAAUUAUAUUAUUAUUUGUACUGUGUAUAUGUAAGCAGGCGAAUGCCUGAAAAUUAACACAAACAUAUUUAUUUUUUUUUUUUUUAAUUGCAUACCAAUAUAUUUUUUCUUUAUCUAACGCGUAAACAUUAAGCAUAGUAAUUAUUUAAACCGAUUUACCGUCAAACAGUCCGAUCGAUGUUGUCGAGCGAUAGGAACUAUUCUGAAAACGGAUUUUAAAUUCAACGUGAGGAUACAGCGAGUUUGGCCACCUUUUUGGUAUUUCAGUGUUUCAAUUCCAAUAUAGAAAACGGAUUUGAACAUUUCAAAUCAAUUUAAAAAAAAAACAGACAUACUUCGCUAGAUGUGUGCAGCUACUGUUCUUGGUAAGAAUUUGGAACGGUAGGCAGAUAUAUAGGGGAAAUUAAUUUGUAUCUGUAAGCCUUGGUUUAUACAUAUUUUUUAACCAAUGCCUAUAUUUCGUAUAUUUUCUCAUUUUUUUUUUCGGUUUUCACAUUUUUUGAGAAAACUCCUGGAAAAAUCGACUUUUUCAAAGUAUUUUCCCAAUCAGAUUUCCUUUUAGAAAAAUUGCUAUUAUUGUAAAUCGGAGUAAAAUUGCUGGUAAAAAAGUUUUGCACAGGAAAAAAACAAUAAAAUAAACAUCUUUGUAAAACCAAUACAUUCUUCGCUACACUAAAAAUUUAAAAGUGGCCUGGCCGAAUUCACGCCAGAAUUCAAAUCUAUUAUUUUUCAGAAUUGCUAUAUGGCUUCACUGCGGACCGAUCGAAAGGAAAUUUAUCUAAAUCUUUAUGCUGCGGCUUUUGUGUGUUAGAUAAAGAAAAUCAAACUGCCAAUACCCCGUUAUAAAAACUUAAUCGUCCUAAUACGCUUAUAAAUAAUCUCUCCUCCGCUAAUUUCCCUGACAACCCUUGUCACUGUCUAAACAGAUUAUGGCGUAGAGACCUUCUUCAUUUACAACCAUUACAUUGCUCAAUCAACCAGCAAUUUUCUAAUUCAAAGUCAGUAGGAGUGCCUCGAACGGGUGUCACCCGUUCCCAUGUUAAUGUUAUUGAAAUAUGUAUUUUUAAUCGUUUUGUUUCUAUAACACAGCAUUUGUGCAUUGUAUUUUGUACAUUUGUACGUGCAGAUAAUAUAUUUUCUUUGAAAGUUUAAAAAAAAAAAACUGAAAGAAAGAGAUAAAAAACGUAUCCGGUAUCCAAUCCCGUUAUUACAUACGGCCUAAUAGCUUUUUAGGACAUUUUUGGACGAUAAUAACAGUCGUAGUCAAAAACAACAUAGAGCAUUCACAAUGCUAAUAAACCGUUAACUUAUUAGAAAGUAUCAAUGCGUACGUGUUUCGAUAGCAAUGUUAUCGUUUAUCUGUGUGAUAUACGAAACACCGACCGAUCUGGGGAAUUUUAUUGGCAUUAGUCGUUGUUUAUUUAUGAGUUAACGGGUUUUUGUGGAUUUCGGGUAUUUUUGUAUAGUUAUACCGCUACUGAAAGUAAUUGUAUGUGGGUUAGGCGUACAAUUGUCGAAUUAACGAAGUUUUGACGCGUUAUAAUCGUUAAAAAAAAGUAUAAAUCACUGCGUCUGUGUUAUUUGCCUGUAUUAUUAUGUGUAUUUUAAUCUCGGUUUUAUAAUUUUUCGAGUAUAUAUGCGACCCGCUAUCCACACAUUCGCAACGGGGCCGAGUUGUGAGAGUGGGAUAGCAGCGGGGGGGAAAAAAAAAGAAAAAAAAAAAAAAGGAACCGGCCCAUAUAUAAACCUUUAUAUAUAGCUUCGGGCUGCCACAUAUUUUCGAAACGGACAUUUUUUUAUUUCUACUUUCGACGUCGCGAUAAAAAAAAAAAAAAAAAUCCAUCUCUGAGAGAAAACGUUAACGGAAAAAAAAAAAAAAAAUAAAAAUAAAAUAAAUAUGCCCCAGGUGGUGUUUUUAGUUAACACGGUACCUACCCAACAUAAUAAUAUAGAAGAGCCGAUUAAAACGCGCGCACGUCGUCGGGCCCCGAACUAAACCCAAAUAUUAUGUAUAUAAGGGAAAAUAAGCGCUCUCUAAAACUGUACCUCGGUAAUCCUAUAUAAUAUAAACCGGCGGUAUACAUAUAUAUAUAUAUAUAUAUAUAUACAGUAGAUUAAAUUAAUUUAUAUAUUAUAUAUAUAUAUAUAUAUUUUUUUUUUAUUACCGAUUUAAUUAGGUAUAAUAUAAUCCGCGUGGCGCGGAUAAUAUGUUUCCCGAAAAUGCAUUUAUAAGGUACUUUCCGCGCAGGGCGCAUAGUUAGUAGAAAGUUUCACGUAAAACUAGACGUCUGCGGCGAGUAUAUUACAAUAUGCGUAUAAGACGCGCCGGUUUUUUUUUUUUUUUCUUGCCGUUUUCCUUUUUCGAAACUCACCGGAUGGCGUCUUUACAACCAGUUCGUAUAUUGUUAUACGGCGGCGUAGGUACUCUGUUUGCGUUUAUUCUUAAAAAUAGAUAUUAAUUGAUAGACAGACGUCGUUGCUGUUGUUGAUUAACUAUGUUACUUCUUAUAUAUUUCUAGAAAAAAAAAAAAAUAAAAAUAAGCCGUAAGAAAAAGUGCUACACUUGAAAAUUGGAGCGAAAUUUCUGGUAGAAAAGUUCUUCAUUGAAAAAAAAAAAAUAAAAAUAUCAUUGUAAAUACGAUACAUCAUACGCUCCAUUCAAUAUCGAAAUCCAAUUUACAUUAUUUUCCUCUUUUCUAACGAGGUGUGAAUGUUAUCCCUGUAAAAUGUAAAACAUGUGUUGCAUAAAAGAAAAAAAAAAUAUAGGUCGACCGUUAUCAAUGUAAAAAUUAAAAUGUAUUGAAAUGUUUGUUAAGAUCUGUUGAGAAUAUAAUAACUCGGAAAAAACCACGAACACGACCCGCAGGUAAUUCGGAUGAAAACUAAACGAGUUUGAGAUCUGUCGUAAUUAUACAAUUGGAACAUCCGUCCGUAAAUAUUAAAAAUAUAGGUGAAAUGCGGAAAAUGUAUUAGUUACGAGAAGUUAAAGAAUAUAACUCGAUAUUUUGUUUCUGUCCAAAACGCCUUAACGCGUUUUCUGUACACCGUAUAAUGCAAGUCACAUUGUGUUCAUUCCAAGUUUUAAACCGUCGAAAAAGCUUUUCAACGGUUUUGACGUAUUGAUAAAUGCCAUUUUGCUUUCAUGAUAUUUUCCAAAUAAAUAAUAGGAAGUUUCCACUGCGCUACACUAAAUAUAUACGUAUACAGUAUACAGUCGGCGCACGUGGGAAUUAAGAAGUAAUUUUUUUUUUUUUCCCGUCGAAAUAAUAAAAGCGCAGUCGUUUGAAGUAUGAUCCGUCCAAUUUAUAUUCGUUACACACAGCAUAUUACGCCCGUUAACCGAAAUAGCGAUUAUACCUACGCGUAUUUUUGUAAUAUUAAUAAUAUGUUAUUAUGUGGACAAGCGCAGCAUAAAAGCGAUUUUAAAUUUUUAAUGUAAAAUAAAUCGAUUUCCUUACCUGCGAUACGUAAUUCGUUGCGUGCAUAACAUUAUAUUGCUUACCGUUGUGUGUGCAUAUUACGUUCACGAGCCCAACUUGUAUUAUUUCAAUUAGACCGGGUCGACCCGUUUAAAACAUCCCCGUUCGAAAAUUAAUAAUUUUCCAGAUAGAUUUCAAUAUUUCAAUAUUCUUGAGAACAAUGAUAAUAAUAUUAAAAUAGAAAAAAAAAAACAAAAAAAAAAAACGAUCAGCUAAUUGGAUGAAUCAGAUUGUGUACGCAUAAACAAUUAUAUCAUCGCCGCAUUGCAAUGAUGCAGUUUUACGAAAUGUUUUAUCGAUUUCGUGCAAAUGCGCAUAUUGUGUUAUUCGCGGAGUACAAUAUGCCGUUAACGAAUCUGCAAUUCUGAUGUUUUGGUCACUCCACCUACGCAUGCGAAUUCGUUAAAAACAAAGCUGUUCUCGUUUAUCAUCGUUAUACGGUUUCACAACUCUGCAAGUGUUUUUGCCGCCACUGUCACUGUCCUCCAAUAAUCAGGGGGGGGGAUCCACCAUGGAUAUUUUCCACUCAUUCGGUACCAGUCACUGCAUUUUUUGUCUCUUCGCACGAGUUGUUACGAAUGGUCGGUCACCCGCGUCAUUUUUUCUAUUUUCGCGUUUUUCCUUUUACGCGCCAACAUUUAAACUCCAAAUCGAAAACUGUUUCACACACAAGUAUUGUUAGUUUCAUUUAUACUAUACGCGCUGUUAACGGUCUAGGUUAACGUUUUACCGAGUCAGUGCACUAUAACUAUUUACUAAAUAGACGUAAUUCUGUUUUUCUAGAAAAUAACAUUGGUUUAAAGUAUUUAACCAGUGCAAAUUAUAUGGUCUUUCCAUUUUAUUGAUACGAUAGACUGUUUUGAUGUUCCGGCUGUUUGUCCCGGUAAUCGUCACCUCUCUAGGUAUUGGUAUAGGCGUUCCCUUAACUUUCGUUCUUUCCUCGUAUAUUGUUUUCGUUUCCCAUUUACCUAUCCAUUAUGUAUUUAUUAAUUUUUUUGUGAUUUGCAGGUGACCAAAGACACAGCCAACUCGCAUCUGGAACAGAAGGCCAAAAGUGUGCAGUCAGAAGAGUCGCUCAAGUCGGUGUCGGAAACGGUGGAAAAGUUGCCGAACGGCGGCAUCAAAAAGAAAACCGUCAUGUCUUCGUCGCAACAAUUCUCGUCCGAAGAAUCGUUCGAGGAGAGUUGGUCAUCCACCGGGCCCGUUAUCACCACUACGGUCAACAAACAGAUUGAACAAUAA